CCCAGCGUCACAAGAACGAGCGAGCGAGCGAGCGAGGGUGACGCGCGCGCCCAGCAGUAUGUGCGCGCCCACGGGAGGGGCCAACAGAAAAUGGCGAGUCUGUGCAAGCGGCAGCAAUGCACACUAGAGAGGCGCGGCUUUCGGCAGGAGCUUGACUCGUGGAGGCACAAACUCAUUCACUGUGUAGGCUUUGAAAGCAUCCUGGAAGGCUUGUUUGGGCCGGGAGUAGUCAAAGAUAGCACGCUUUUCCAAGCUUGCAAGCCCGAGGAAGUUUCCGACUGGUCGUUUGAUGACAACUGUCUCUUCUGCUGCCUGCGAGUUGAGAAAGUCAAGGAUCACGGCGCCCACGACACAGUCGCCGGCGGCCAGCUGCUGUCGGAGGGCGAGGACGCCAAACGGGAACAGACUCGCCUCAGCCGGCUGGAGAAACAAGCGCAAGACUUCCUCAAUGCUGUGUUUCACAGGAAAGAGCUCCCAAGUUUGUCGGACCCCCACAUUCCUCGAGUGGCUCGCGAGAUCAUGCAGCGAAUGAUCCGGCAGUUUGCCGCUGAAUAUACCUCAAAAAACACUCAGGACGCCCCCCCGCCUCCGCUGCCGCCCAACGGGGCCAUGAAGGACCAAAGCCCGCCGCCCUGCUCUCUGCCGGCGCCGUGCUCGCCGCCCUCGUCCGCAUCCUGCUCCUCGCCGUCGCCCUGCCUCAGCCCCCCCGACGCCGAGGGGGGCGCGACCGUCGCCGCCUCUGCACAGAACCCCGUCCUCAGCAAGCUGCUCAUGGCCGACCAGGACGGCCCGCUGGACCUCACUGUCAAGAAGAACCCGGCCGAGACCGAGACCCCCGCCCAGCAAGAUGGCGUUUUGGAUCUUUCCACCAAAAAGAACCAGAAUGACAAGCAGGGCUUCUCCUCACCGCAUGGACUCAAAGGGCACCCCUUCAAGGUGGAGCGUUGCGCGCCAGAUGCGGACGAGGAUGACGGCGCGCCGCCACGAAGCUUUCAGGACGGCCUUCGAGACAACGUGAUCAGCUCCUUUAAGCCGCCGCUAGCCCACUCGCUGCGCAUCAAGGAGGAGUUGCUUAGCCAGAAGCACCGCCUCCUGGGCCAGCCCGCCGCGCUGUCAUUGGCCAGCCUGGAGUCGGCCGGUCUCCUCAAUCACGGUCAGUCGCACUCCCUGCUGGGCCAGAAGGGCUCCUCGUCCUUCUGGGGCAGCAAGGCCCACCUGGAGGGCCUGAUGAAGUUGAAACAGGCCAGCGGGGCCCUGAGCGGGGCCCUGAGCGGGGCCCUCGGAGGCCUCAAAGACCUGCCUACCUUUCUGGAGAACCAUCACAACCACCACGGCGCCUUCUCCUUCAAGAAUUCUCUGCUUCACCACCACAAUCAGGUCUCCAAGGCCCAGCAUCACCACCACGACGCCAAACGGGACCACUCGCCCCCGGUCGACCUGAAGAUCCCGCAGGUUCGAGGCAUGGAUAUCUCUUGGGACUCCCCCGCCUCGGAGCUGUACGGUUUUGGCGGAAUCGGGCCCGGCGCCGGCGGGGGACCGGGCGAGAACGCCUUGAGCCGCAAGCUGAGGGCAAUCCUGCCCAAGCAGAAUCGGCGGGGCGGCAGCUUGGGAAGCCUGCUGGACGGCGCGGCGGAGUACUGGGCCGCCGACUUGGAGCACUCCGCCUCCGGGCCGGCGUACUCCAUCUCGGAUGCCGAGGGGGACCCCAACUCCAAGCAGCCGCGGAAGAAGAGGGGCCGCUAUCGGCAGUACAACAGCGAGAUCCUGGAGGAGGCCAUCGCCGUGGUCAUGAGCGGCAAGAUGAGCGUCUCCAAGGCGCAGAACAUGUACGGGAUCCCGCACAGCACGCUGGAGUACAAAGUCAAGGAGCGCAUGGGCACGCUGAAGAACCCCCCAAAGAAGAAGCUCAAGCUGAUGAUGAAGAUGGAGGCGGGCGGCCCCGAGUUCCCCGCCGACGCCGAAAACACGCCCGCCGUCACCCCGCGCGCCGACCGCGCCGCCGCUGCCCCCUCCCUCGGGCCCGCCGAGCUCAAGGCCGACGUCAAGGAAGAGAUGGAACCCAUCGAAUGAAAGCAACCUUCGCCGGACUCCUCCGGAACCAACACGGGACUUUAUGUGUGCCAAUUUCCUUUGCGGUAUCCGGGCCGAGCACAAACGCAGGGAUGAAAACCGAGACGCGUUGUGGGAGACCAACCACGAAUUGGAAGCUUUUUUUUUUUUUUAUACCCGAGACAAAACGACGACAAUUUCCUCAAGCAUGCCGAUAAUCCCCAGUCGGGUUGCAAAGGGCUGGAAAAUUUUCUGUUGAAGUUUCCGGUCGAUUUCCACCAGAAGUUGGACUGGGCAAUUUUGGAAAUAGCCUUGCCAUGGGAAUUAACUGGGAAUUGUGGGUAAUUGUGUCACAUUCAAACUGAAACAGAAAUUUGGCGUCGACGUGAAGCAGGCGGCACCGCAAAAUUGACAGCGCUCCUUGCCCGUAAGCAAAGGGCAUGACACUACCUUUAAUAACGGCAUCUUAUUCACGUGAGCGGCAGCAGAUCCGAAGUUGUUCAUUUUAAUUUGGGAUCAACCGAAGCGAUGGCUCGUACCCGGAAAACCUUGUGAGGCGAGGCACCCCUCGCUCAGGCGCCUCUUGGACUGAGUCCGAUUUCAUUUCCCAAGUGAGAGCCCACUUCCGACAUCAAGUCGCAUUCACUCCCUCGGAGUCUUUCCAAUUUUGAAAAUUCACAGAAAUUUGUCAGCCCGAUGCCCGACACGGAAAACCUUGGAAAGCAAGACCCCUUGCCCGUAUUUCUUCUGCGGACCCGGACCCCGACGGCUCACGGACGCAGUCUCUUGGGAUCAUUACAAUUUGGGCAAAGAGACAAAAGGGGCCGGCAAGGGGUUAAAAAUUGCAAAGUGACCAUUUUAGUGUGCGUAUGAAUCAACGCCGUCAAGAUUCCUCGUCAGGGUUGUGAAUCGUAACCCGCCUGCCAGGUAGCCAUGAUGCUUUAACUGCAAGACCUUUUUUUUCUUUCCUGCCCGCGACGUCCCGCCGAGUUCCGUGCGGAGUGAGAAGACACACAAAAAGUCAUUCAGGGAUGCAUGUUUGUGAGUUUUGUGACAAACUACUGACUGGUGAGAUCAUUUUGUUUCCUUCUUUUUUUUUUCUUGUUUUUUGGGGGGGGAGUUUUUUUUUUUUUUUUUUUUUUUUUUUGAUUUUGCUUUCUUUUGCACUACACUUUGGGUCCGGCGCUUUGGCGGACCAGGUUACCUCGGCAUUGUUGCCCCUCGCAUCAUGCACUUAUUACGGUCCGUCUCACAAGCCGGGUCGGGGAGGGCCCGCCGACGCCGCUGCCUCAGGAUCUGAAUGCGGAUCAGCCGCAGCGGCGCCGGCGCUACCUCAUGGACCUCCGUCAGCGUCUGAUCGUGAAAGGCCGGCGCAGUCUUCGGCCUUUCAGGACGGGCGUGAAGCUCGGCUGCUAUCCACACGACGAGCCCCCGCUCCUAUGCUAAUGUCUUAGCGGGGCCUCGGCUAACCGCUAGCUAGAUAGCCUGGGCUUAGCCAGGACAUUUUGCUGAUGUUUUUCUUUCCUCUUUUCCUUUUUCUCUUCUAAUCAAGCUCAACUCACUGAGUUGCUCUACCAUCCAAUUUCUAGUUUUAAAGGCAGUUUACUACGACAAUGUGCAUUUAUAUGGGGUGCC